AUGCCUGCCAAGAAGCAGCAGCUGAAGCCGACAGCAGCCAACGUGUCCAGCUCCUUGGACUUGGAGUCCGAGGACAUCAGUCUGGAGACAACCGUGCCGACCACGGAGGACGUGUCCUCGUCCGACGAGCAGCGUGAUGCCUCCCAGAAGGUGACCCGUCAGCUGAUCGAGAGGAAGGAGCUGCUGCACACCGUCCAGCUGCUAAAAAUCGAGCUUUCUCAAAAGAAUCUCAUCAUUGACAACAUGAAGGCUGACCAUAUGUCAAAGACUGAGGAACUGGAGGAGAAACUCAAUGAUGCCCUGCAUCAGAAGCAAGUGUUGUCCUUAAGACUGGACAGCCAACUGAAACUGGCUCAGGAGGAAAACAGGAAACAGCAGGCUCUGCGUAAGCAGGAAAUGGAGGCCAUCCUUCUCAGGCAGCAGCAGCUGGAGGAGACUAACCAACAGCUCUGUGAGAAGGCCGGAGAGCUGCGGAGGUCUUUCAGGGAUCUGGACAUCUCCCAGGACAGGUACGAGGAGCUCCGCUGUAUCCCAGACGAUAAGGUGUCCGUACAGGAAUACGUAGCUAUGCGUUUCUACGAAGCCGUGACUCCUCUGCGAACUCAGCUGACUCAACUCGGUGAGCAGAAACGCUAUCUGACUGAGGAGCUGGACUUACACAGAACCAAGACCAAGGAUUUGAUGGAGAGCUACGAGGAGGAGCGGCGCCUUCGUUCAGAGCUGGAACUGAGGAGCCAAAGGUUGACCUUAGAGCUGGCUGACACCAAACAGCUGAUCCAAGAAGGGGACUAUCGCCGAGACAACUACCCACACAUCAAACGUGAGCGGGACAACUUAGAAGUGGAGCUGAAGGAGUUAAAGAGGAGAUUUGACACUGUAGACUUGUCUCAUGCUGCCCUGACCAGAGAACGAGACACGCUCAGCAAUGAGGUGGCGACGUUGAAGCAGUCAGCCACUCUCCUGCAGAAGGACAAGGAGUACCUCCACAGGCAGAACCUGGAGCUCAGUGUUCGCUGUGCACACGAAGAAGAUCGCCUCGAGAGGCUGCAGAUACAAUUAGAAGACACUAAGAAGGCCAGGGAGGAGGCCUAUGAGAAAUAUGUAGCGUCCAGAGACCAUUAUAAGUUGGAGUACGAGCACAAGCUGAGAGACGAGCUGGAGAACAUCAGACUGAAAACCAGUCAGGAGAUCGAGAACCUGCAGAGAACCUCCAGAGAGAUGUACGAGAGGGAGAACAGGAAUUUGCGUGAGGCGAGAGACAGCGCAGUUCUGGAGAGAGACAGAGCCGCAGCUGCAGAGAGAGACGCUCAGUCCAGAUACGACCAACUGCUGGAACAGUUUCGACAGCUCCAGCUGGGCACCGACAGCCGGGUCGCAGAACUGUCCAACCAGGCCAAGCUGCACGCCUUCGAAGCUGAGCGAGCUCAAAUGCUCAAGGAAGAGACAGCUAAGGCCCUGGGCCAGUGUCAGCUGGAGUGUGAGAAACAGCAGAGGAAACUGGAGCUUCUCACACAGGAGUUUUACCGACUACAGACGUCAUCUGAGAGGCGCGUGGCGGAGCUUCAAGCUCAGAACGCCGAGUGGGCAUCUCGUCUGGAGACGUACGAGAAGCUCGAGCAAGAGUUGGACCUGGUCACCAUGCAGGCUGCUGAAAUUGAGGAUGAGGAGGAGGCAGAGAGAGUUCUUUUUUCAUACGGCUAUGGAGCAAAUGUCCCCACAACAGCCAAAAGAAGACUGAAACAGAGCGUUCACCUGGCCCGCAGGGUGCUGCAGCUCGAGAGGCAGAACACUUCACUAAGGAGAGAGCUGGAGAGCCACAAGUCACAGGCAGGACAAAUAUCUCAGGAG